AUGAAGUUCAUCGAACGCAACGAGCUCUCCACCCUCGCCCGCGCACUCACCCACGAAGGGCCCGAGUGCUCGGUCCACACCCGCAUCGAGCUUUACAGCUGCAAGAACAUCAAGCGCGACAAGAAGCUCUUCCGCGACCUCGAGCACGCCUACGCCGACGAGGUCUCCCACUCCCCGCCCCUCCCCUCCGACAUGGCCGUCGACCCCCAGGGCGAGAUGACGCCGUUCGGGCCCAUGACCGAGCCCCACUCCCGCAAGACCCUCUACCUCCUCAUCGCCACCCUCAACGUCGCCUUCCCCGACCACGAGUUCUCCGACGUCCGCCCCUACCACUUCAACCGCGAGGAGUCCGGCGCCGCCGUCCUCAACGCCCUCUCCACCACCCUCGUCUCCCCGCACCGCUCCGGCCUCCCCUCGUCCCGUACGUACUCCUCCUACCCGCCCUCCUCCGCCGACUUCUUCCCCCGCUCCGUCCCCACCUCCUCCUCCCCGCUCGACUUCUACGUCAAGCCGAGCCCCCGCGCGCCCUCGCGCGCCCAGUCCGGCACCCACCCCACCGUCUACAACACGCUCAACAAGGAGAUCAGCCUCGCCGAGUGCGAGGUCUACUCGUACACGCCCGACCCAGAGUUCGACCCGCACGCGAACGACACCGACGACGAGGACGAGCUCGCGUCCGCCGACGACGACGGCGCGCCCUCGAGCGACGACGACAUCCACUUUCAGUUCGACGACUACGACCACCGGCAGCACCGACGAGUCGGAGCGCGACCUGCCGCCGGGGGCCGCUUCCGCCGCCGCGGCGCGCUCCUCUGGAGCUCGCACUGGUUCUUCGUUAACCGCAAGCUGAAGCGGAUAUUGUUCAUCUCCAUCUGGGCGCGCUCGCGGGGGAUCGCUGCGUGGAUGGACCACGGCUCGGAUGUGCACGUUGCAUAUGGGUCGCCGGACAAGGUGUCCAACGAGCGGUUCCUUGGGUGGGAGGGCGCGGUGGGCGCUGGCGCGCGAGCGAUGGGUCUGAGCGUGAGUGCGAAUUUGUGA